AGUGGUAUAUUCAGGCCAGGCAUCAAUGCAAUACUUGGUCCUACUGGAUGUGGAAAGACUACGUUGUUGAAUUUGCUUGCCGGUCAAUGUUCAGGUCAAGGUGUGAAGGGAAAAGUUUUGAUAAAUGGACAGAAUAUCCCAUCAAAUUUCAAACACAUUGCUGGUUAUGUCAUACAGGAUGACAUGGUGAUGAGUAUGCUGACAGUCAAGGAAAAUGUUAUGUUCUCAGCCAACCUACGAAUACAUGAACCUAUGACUUUGAAACAAAAAGAUAAUCUAGUCGAUGAAACAUUACAAGAACUGGGUUUGACCAAAUGUGCUAACACUAAGAUAGGCAACAGCUUCACGAGAGGCAUAUCAGGAGGAGAGAGGAAGAGGACAAGCAUUGCCAUGGAGAUCAUCACAUCGUCACGCAUCCUCUUCCUUGAUGAACCAACAUCUGGCUUGGACGCAAGCACUGCUCAUUCUGUCAUGCUGACUCUUAAGAGUUUAGCACUGAAAGGUAUGACAGUCAUAAUGUCCAUCCAUCAACCACGCUAUUCAAUAUUCAAGAUAUUUGACCAGCUCUUUGUACUUUCUAAAGGACAGACAAUUUUUCAUGGGCCUGCUAAUAAAACUCUUGAUUUUCUUGCUUCUUCAGGCUACAUCUGUGAAGAGCACGACAACCCAUCGGAUUUCAUAUUAGACGUUCUCUCGGGCACUUACAACAACAACAACAUCAUCAACAAUGUUGGUUUUAACAUCAGUGUUGACAACAAUGUUGCAGAUGGAAAACAGCUGCUGGAUGGCAACAAAUAUGUCAACAAAAAACUUCAGGUUGCUAGCAGUGAUGUUAAACAGUUGCAGGCUGCUGACGAUCAGGAUGAAGGUAUGUUUUUGUUGAUUGCGUGCUGCAUUGUUGUUUUUUUCAUGUUGUUGGCUGCAGUUUCAUGUAGAACUUUCAAAUGUACUGUCAGGAAUACCAGAGCCAUAUCAACGCCGGCAUUCUCUGCACUCAUCCUUUCACUCAUUGUUGGCUCAAUCUAUUUCCAGAUUGACAGAUCAGCCCACAGUGCACGAACUAAAAUACAAAACAGAGUCGGAGCCUUCUUCUUCAUAGUAAUGAAUCACGUGUUUGCCAACAUGUCCUCUGUUGAUGUUUUCAUAAGGGAGCGAGCUAUAUACAUCCAUGAAACAAUAAGUGGUUACUAUGGCAUCGUUGUAUACUUCAUAUGCAAGAUUCUAUUCGAAGUUCUGCCAUUGCGUACCAUGCCAAUCAUUUUCUUCUCCAUCAUUACUUUCUUUAUGAUAGGUUUUCCAUUCACUCUGUACAACCUGCUAAUCUAUGCUUUCAACAUCUUCCUAACGAACGUGGCUGGAGCCUCAGUGGCAUUGUUCUUCAGUGCGUCGACCAGACAGCAUGCCAUUGGAACUGUACUCACCUCUCUCGUCUGGGUGACCAUGAUGGUCUACAGUGGAGUCCUGGUCAAUAUAGAAACUGUCCCCAGGUUUCUCAGAUGGGUUUGUUGGGGCAGUAUAUUCAGAUACAGUAUCAAUAUGUUUCUGAUAAAUAGUUUGAAGAAUCAGACGUUCUGUGACGAUGGUGUGUCGGGUAAUCAAACGCACAUUGAAUGUCUAUCAGGCAAUGAAUAUCUGGAAAGUCAAGGCAUCCAAUACUUGAGCUCUUUUGAUCAGUGGAAGAAUGAAAUGUUUCUAAUCAUCAUUUCCAUAAUUUUUCUCACUCUAGCUCUCAUCCAGCUUAAAAGAUCUGUCAGAUUCACUCAAUAA